CUUCUCGAUCGUUGCUUUCGGUAGAAUUUCACCUACCUCGUCCCUUUGUUGGUCCCACAAACGUACACGGAGGCUUCGUGUCAGUCAAGGUCCAAGUGGAGUGCAAGGCAUGACGACGCAGAAUGAAAAUCAGCUUCAAGCUUCGGUUGCAGAUGAAGCUCGCCAGCAACAGCUGUUUCAUAAGACUCCCUUGAUUAAAUCUAUUCCAAUCUCCAAAAUCGUCGGUAAAGAUGUUUAUAUCAAAUUAGAUGCCCUGCAGGCAUCCGGAUCUUUCAAAGACCGUGGUAUGGGACACUUGUGUUCGACGCUGCAAGCGCAAGGCGUACGCAAAGUUAUUUCGAGUUCUGGUGGCAACGCUGGAUUGGCCGUCGCGACAGUUGGACAAAAGCUCGGCAUCGAAGUCUCUGUGAUUGUUCCGACUACCACGAAGCCUAUGGUGAUCGAGAAACUCCAAUCUCUAGGAGCGCAGGUGACAGUACACGGUGAAAACUGGAAUGCUGCGGAUUCCUUGGCGAGACAAAAAGUGGCAGAGAGUUCGAUGAAUACUGCGUAUGUAUCGCCGUACGACAAUCCACUCUUGUGGACGGGACAUUCGACCCUUGUUGAUGAGGUUUUAGACCAGCUUGAACGUAAUUUGGGUGCGAUCAUCGUGAGUGUGGGCGGCGGUGGCCUACUUUGCGGGAUUUUGGAAGGUCUGGCGCGACGAGGUUGCCCGCCGACCACCGUGAUUGCGGCAGAAACGCAGGGCGCUGCUUCGUUUGGAAAAGCCCGGCAACAAGGGAAAAUUGUCCGACUGAAGGCCAUUGACAGUAUUGCAACUUCCUUGGGCGCCCUGGAAGUGGCGCCGGCCGUUUUGAAACUCUCGAAAGAGCACGAAGACGCUGGUGGCAGAGUUUUAGAUGCGCUCUGUACGGAUGCCGAAGCCGUUGAUGCGUGUUUACGUUUCGCACAAGAUCAUCGGAUUUUGGUGGAACCAGCUUGUGGUGCGGCUUUGGCCGUGGCAUACACGGAACGUCUGCGCAACGAAUGCUUGUCGCAAAUCACCGAUGGCCCGAUUGUUCUGGAAGUUUGUGGGGGCAGUGGAGUCAGCGUUGACUUGCUACACCAAUGGAAGGCUCAAUUCCUACUUUAGCUUAGGAUCAGAGCGAGCACACUGGAUUGUUUACACCAUAAAUUGACCUAACGUGUUUAUCGCAGGUAAUCACAUUGUGUUCCGAGGAAUUGGGAAUGCACAGCAUAUAUUUUAGAAAGGGUCAUCGAGACUAGAGAUAGUAAAUUGAGGGCCAGUCUGCGAUUGUGUUUCCAGCUGGCCAGGUACUUUUGCUCGAUGCUCUUUACUUUGGGUGCUGAGUUUGUAUUACGUACAAGAAAAGAGACACGACUCAACUACCCAACUCUCUUGCGGAGCCGAAAGACGGAAACAGCAACACAGUUUGGCUGUGUUAGAGUGUAUCGUGUACCUUCGAGCGGAAAGUAAGCACGAAUAGAUACUACUAGUUAACCAACUAUAAGAGCAAGUUGUCCAGUCAAUAAAA